AAAAGAAAAAGGGUGCUUCAAUUGAAAAUCCACUAAUAGGUAUAAUAGUGAUAGGAACCGAAGAAAUUAACAAGAGAAAUGGGAGCUGAACUUUCACGAGAAGUUGAUGAGGAGCCUCGCAACCACCAACACCAGCAGCUGUUGAGGCCACAAUCACAAUCACAACCACAGUCUCAGCCGCAAUUAUCAAGAACGCAGUCUCCACAGCUAAGAAGGCCACAGUCACAACCACAACCACAACCACAACCGCAACCGCAACCGCAACGGCAGCCUGUGGCAAAUAAUGAAGGAGCUAUCAGCAAGGAUGGAUGGUUACUGCCAUCAAAACCAUCCAUCAAAGCCACAAACUCAUCAGUGGAAAAUUAUUCCCCCACAAGAGUUGUAAAACCCAACAAGGGAAACAAUCAUCACCAAUCCAUGAUAGCCACUACUAAAUCCUCCAAAGAACUGAUGAUGAAUCUUCCAUAUAGAUAUGAAGACAUAUUGAAGGGUGCAGACUCACCGGUUCAUACAUCUUCCAAGGAAAAGUUGCUUGAUCAGCUAUAUUCUGGAGUCUUCUUAGACCAUAACACUAAGAAAUAUUGGAUAGAAAAGAAGUCCAAUAGCAACUGUUUCAUGUUAUACGCAAGAGCACUAUCAAUCACGUGGGCAGAAAAUCAACAUUAUUGGAAAUGGGUAACCCAGAAAGAAUCAAGUGGCACAAUUAUUGAAGCGGCUGAACUGGAAAGAGUGUGUUGGCUAGAGGUGCAUGGAAAAUUUGAUACCAGAAACCUUUCCCCAGGAACUCUAUAUGAAGUGUCGUUUAUUGUAAUGUUGAAGGAUCUGGCGCAAGGGUGGGAAGUUCCGGUCAACGUUAGACUCAUGCUUCCGGGAGGUAAAAAGCAGCAACACAAGGAGAGUUUGAUUGAGAAGUUACGAAUGCAGUAUAUAGAGAUUCCGGUUGGCGAGUUUGUAGCAUCUGAAAAAGAUGGUGGGGAGAUGGAGGUGUCUCUGUAUGAGUAUGAAGGUGGCAUGUGGAAGCAGGGACUUGUGAUCAAAGGUGUUGCCAUCAAACCAAAGGAACUAAGCUAGACAGUAAUGAGAUUUCUUUCUUUGAUGUACUAAAUCUUAGGAAGGUUCAAAUAGAGAACGCGAGCUAAUAGUUUUAGUAACUUAAGCAUAUGAUACUAUGUUGUAGUGUUUCCAAAAUAAGACUCUUUUAGGUGCAUUAGUUGCACUAUUGCAGUCGUCAAAAAAGUUUUAACAGAGGGCAUCGAAUUAUGAAUUAUGAAUAAUGAACGGGAAUUAUGAAUUA